GGCAAUUUAAACAUAUAUUAUUAACACUUGAAAAUUGUUUUAAUUCCUUGAUGUAGUAGUUUCUAUGUUUGUAACAAACUUGUCAUGAUUCGAGUAGAGCAUUUUCUGCGGGAAAAUAAAAGUACCCUUCAUGAAGUACAUUCUCUGGAAUCAAUUACUUUGGAAAAACAGUUUGGAGAUUCCCAUUUCAAAUUCCGUAAUGCUGCUCGUAAAAAAUACCGCGAGUUGCUACAAAAGUUCGAGGGAUAUUUUCCGAAGAUUAAUACAUCUACACACUUUUUGUAUUGGGGAUUCCUAAGAAUAAAACUUGCCAUCAAUUACCUUGAUUUGGGGGAUGCAUCUAAAGCUCAGGAAAUUUUGUCUCCAUGUGUUAAUAAUAAUGAUCGAUUCCGAUCUAUUAGUUCUCUUAUUUCCAAAAUCACUGAGAACGGAGAAAAAUUGCCUGUCAGCUAAGGAGCUGGUCCUCUUCAACAGCAUAGCUGGUGUAUUACAAACACUGUUCAACGUACUUGCUGCUAUUCAAGUUAUAAAUAUGCAGAACAAACAGCUUUCCACGUCAGAUAGUAAACCUAUGCACUGGCUUCGUUGUGCUCAGAGGGUCUACAAAAUAUAUGUAAGACAAAAUCCGCCGAAUACAGGACCAGAAUUCUGGGACACACUGGUGUUCCAAGAGUGGAAUAGGGGACAAGAACCCAGUGGUGGCUAUAAUGGAUCGGAUCUAUCUAUAAGCCGCGUGAUGUUUGAAAAUGGAUACACAACAACGUUAUUUUUAAUGGCACAGGUACAUCAGUUAGCUGGAGAACGAAGUUUAUCAGCUGAUCAUUGUCAGCUUACCUUAUUACGUCAACUAACUUUUGCCAAGCCUCUUAUGAAAGCUGUGAACAGUGUGUCAAGCAUUCGAAUGAGCAAAAAGCUUCGUGCUAAAUCAGCUCAUCUGUUUCGAGAUUUAGAACAAGACAAAUUUACUAAACAAACUGGAGAAACAAUAACGCAUUCAUUUCUUUCUAUUCGCGCAUUCGAUCCUGUUGAAUGGGCCACAAAUGCUGUCAGCCUGAGUGAUUAUUUUUCUUCAAUUGAAGGACCCAAUAAAUACUAUCAUAAAACAUUUGAAUGUUUGUUAUCUGCAAUACAUAUUAUUGAAGAAGCGAAGAAUACAUGUGUUAAGAAGAAAGAUGAUUAUACACUGAAUCAAAUGAAUAAUACUCUAGCGAAUAUCUAUCGUGAUAUAGUACGAAUCAGUCUUGAUCUAUUGGAAGUAGGCGCAAAUUCAUAUGAGAAGUCAACUGGUAAACAAAUAACUAGUAUCAAAGUUGACAAAGAUCAUUCUAAGAAAAGAAAAACUGCUGGUGAGUUUGGAUCUAUGUUCAAUUUGGAAUUGAAACCAAUAUUUGCCCGAUUAUUGGACUGUAAUGCAGAUUUACAGCGAACAAAAACUAAUCAGCACGAAAUGAAAACGAAGGAGGUAGAGUUUAAUCAAAGUUUAGAAAUUGACAAUUUAAUAUAUCAGACAGUUACACCGCCAACAAAUUACAAGACAGCCUUGGGAAUAUUUCGUAUGAUAUUACAUUGUAUAAUGGAAGCAGAAGAUUAUUAUUCUCUACAGAAUUACUGUUCUGAUGCAGUUGCUUUAAUUCAAGAUCGAAGUAAAGCUUAUCGUUUAAUGGUUACAUUUGAAAAGAACAUUAAUAGACAGUGUUGUAUGCAUAAAAGACGAAUUGAUAUGCUAAGUGAUGUACUGAAACAAUUGAAUCCAGAUUAUUAUUUGAAUAUAUGCUUAGAAUUAACAUUUGAGUUAGCUGGAGCGGUGAGUACACUACGAGAUUUAAAGAAGAAAAUAUUCGAUGAGCUUGUACAAAAAAAUGAUCAAAAUGCCAAUCACUAUGCACGUAAAUCUAAUGAUCUUGCAAAACAAGCAAUAUCACUCUAUCAGAAUUUUCUGGAAUUAUAUCGAGCUAAAAGUAGUGACAAAACAAAUUUAGAUUUCAAAGAAAACGAUGUCAAAUCAAUUAUUAAGGCAUAUAUUUAUACAGCUCGUUUAUACUCCCAUCAGAUAUCAUUUGAUAAUAAUGAAAAGAUUCAGAAUUUAACAAAAGCUUUAGAAUUUUAUGUACAAACAGUCAAUAUUGCAGAGCACCAUAUUAAAAGUCAUCCUGAAACGUUGAUUAAAAAUUGUGAAGAGGUUAGAAUUGCUAAAGAAAUGGUUAGUUUAUUGCCAGUUAAACUUGGCAGAUUAUCUCGUGGUGAAAGUAUACCAGAUUAAUGGAAACAAAAUAACAAUCAUUUCUUAAUUAUUAAUUCAUUAAUUGUACAUGUUAUCAUUUGUUUUGUUUUAAUUUCAUUUUUUUUUAUUUCCUAAUAAAUUUUGAUUUUGUUAAAUUUGUUUUUAAAUCUUUUCAUUAUUUAUUUUGCCUACAUGUAGAGGCAAGUUGUAAUAAUUAGAAGCAGAUAAUAUAAAGAAAGAAACAGGU